CCCUUCUCCCCACCGCAGCAGCUCCGUGACCCAGCAAACGAAUGUCUUUCCCCGAAGCCGAAGAAAGCCAGCCAAAAACUGUCCCCACCCUCCUUUCCUGCCCCCUUCCCCCCCUGGGCCCGGCCACUCUUUGUGUUUUGUUGAGUGCUCACUAAAUACCCACAGUGAAGUUGUCUCCGCAGCUAAUGGGUAAAAAUUCCACGGGCAGGCCAGAACAACAACAACAACAAAAAAGGACAUCUAACCCUCAACAAGUGGCAACAGCAGAACAUAGCAAUAAUGUCACUGAUUAGUUAGAAAAGGAAAUUGAUAUUGGGCUAUUCCAGUUCCCUCAGGGUAAAUGAGCAUCCAAGGGGUGUCCUGGGAGGCUGGGCAGAGAGGGUGGGUGAGAAGGCAUCCUGUGGUGUCACUGCCACUGGUCUUCGUAACAUAUCACUGCAGGUGACACAUGGGAUGCUGUUCCAGAGGUACACAAAGGUAGUAAAACAGGUGCUGGCCCUCUGCCUGCUGCUGGUCAUGUGGCAAUGUUUUCAAGCCCUCACAGAUGGCAAUGGUCCCGUCUGUUGGGUUCCCUUCCUCCUCCACACCUCUACUGCCCACUGCAUCACCUGUACCAACAGCCCUGCAUGGUUCAACGCCUGCUACAAGGCAGCCAUAGGGCCUCUGCUGAUGGGUGCAGACCACAACUCCUCAGAUGUUUUUCAGUGGUGGCUGCUAAGUGAAGCAAUGGGCAGGAGCUUGUGGGUCUUCCCAGGCUCCCUGAAUCUGUUUGCAGUGGGACGGGGCCAAGAACAGAUAUUCUGGGGAGCCAUAAUUCAGCAGCUCUUCAGUGUCCUCCGGGCCCUGACAGCUGAUGUGUGGGACCCAUCUCGCUGCAGGACUUGUGCAGUGGUGGGGACCUCCCAAGGUGGGUGGCUGAAAGGGUCCAGCCAUGGGCUUCUAAUUGAUGCUCAUGACUGCAUGCUGAGGACAAACAGAGCAGAGAUGCCUGGCUUUGAGCUGGAUGUUGGCAUGAGUACAACACAUCACUUCAUGUGUUGCAUAUAUUUUUUCCACUUCUCUCAGAGCAGUCUCUUCCCAAACUGGUUGGGGGGUGGGAGAAAGGGGCCACGUGGGUUUGCUUCCCGGGGAGAGCUCCUUUGGAGGUUUUCUCCCAAAUUUGUCCUAAACCAGGACACCUUCAAACUUCUGGACAUACAGUGGGUGACUUGUGCUUUCUCCACCAGAGAACUCACAAGGACAUAUGUGAGAGUUAAACAGUUCAUCAAAGCUGACAGGAUCAAGGUGUCGAUCCUGAGCCCAGCUUUCCUCAAGUACAUCCAUGACAAUUGGACACCAGUUCAUUGGAUAGAUCCACCAGUCAGUGGAUACCCUUCCACUGACUUCACAGCCCUGCUCUCUGCCUUGCACACCUGCCAGGUUUCCAUGUUUGGCUUCAGAGCAGACAGUGAAGGGAACUGGCACCACUCCUGGGAAAAAAACUUGUGGUCCAGAGCCUUUCACAGGACUAGGGUCCAUGAUGCUGAUGUUGAAUUCAGCUGCAUCAAGAGAUAGGCACAUGAAGGCAGGAUUUUAUUCUACAAGUGAUACAUUUCCAAGAAACUGGAGCCAGGCUGUUUGGCCAGGAAUGGGCCAAAGGGCAUUGCCAGCAGCUGUCCUGGGUCUUUAGCUUGCUGCUCCACCCCACCACCUGAGCUCACAGACCCUGCAAUUCAGAGGGUUUUGGUACUAUUUGUGCUGGUCCUACCAGCUAGGUACUGUGGGUGCCAUUCUUCCAUGUCAGCCGUGAUGUCACAUUUAGCUGGAUAUAGGGUGGACACCGUUCUACCCAUGCUGGUUGGGAGGGACAAAGGGGAGAUGUUGGGGCUGGAGAUGGUCAUGGAACCUGUGAGCUGCUGUGUGUGGCCCUGCAGGACUGUGAAGCCAGUGGUGGACAGCAGCUGGUCAAAUGUAGCUGUCCACAUGACAGAGCUGGUAUUUCCACCCACUGAUGGCUUCUGAGGGAGAUGGGACCUUGUGAGUGCUGCUGAGCGAGCUUGUGACCCAAUCAUGCUCCAGCCGGCACCGAGGGAUUCUCGGGGAGUCCAUUAGCUGCAACCAUCUCCGCUGCUCACAGCAUCUCCAGGAGAAGAGGCGCCAUCCAUAAGACGACUGCAAAAGUGUCGCAAGUUCAGCAUUUGUGGUGUAUUGUAGUUGUAAUAUGGAGAAGAUUAAAGUGAUUUUGGGCAGCAGUGCUCCCAUACCAGGUACUUCUCCUUUGGAGUACUUAUUACCACAUUGGACACAAGGUAACUUUGGGGAAGAAUACACAAGGCUAAGUUAAUUUGGGUGAGACCUCCCCACAGGAGAAGACCCCAGUGACCCCGUCUCAUCUGUUGAUAGCUAUAACCCCCCUCUUCUCUCUCUCUUUGUUUUAUUUCUCCCUCUUUCUCUCCCUCUCCUCUGUCGCAUAGCCCUUGUUGUUGGCACUAAAAUAAAAGUAUAUUGUUGAUAAUAUUUUAUAUAUUAGUAAAGGCCUGUCUGCACAAACUAGCCUUUGGAAUAAGUCAUGAUAUUAAAGGCUAAAGUCCUUGAAACUUUCCUGCAGAAGAGAGAGUAAAGCAAAACAAUAUCCUUGUAUAAAAGGGAAAAAAUGUAAACCUAUGUGCAUUAGCCAAUAGUUACUUGCUUAGCCCGCAGAUCCUGUAGAACCCUAUAAAAGGUGUGCUAAAGAUAGAAAUAAAUGGCGUUCACGUUUACUUCUGUGAAGGGUUGUGAAUAGCUGGCGGUCUCUCAGUAUCUGGUGCCCGAACAGGGACCCUGCGGGCAGGGGGGUUUCGACAGGUCCACACACAGUGGGACGGAGCCUUGGAUCGAGGUUGGUGGAGCGGAUCUGAGCGCAGAUAGACGCUGCCUUGGAUCGGUACCGGAUAGGCGACCCACAGAUAACGGGGGGGGAGUUGCUGGGGGAGUCUGAGGCGGAGGAGUAAGUGAGGGGUCACGACCCUCCCCCCACUGUGGCCGCAAGAAAAAUGGAUGUGGAGUCUGUGGCAGCUAAAAAACUGCUUCUUAGCAUUAUUGUUAAAUGAAGCGAAGCAGUCGGGGAAAAGGACCUGGAAAAGCUCGUCGUCUGGGCUAAAAACCAUGGGCAUUUAGCAGGGCCCCAACGCUUUUUGCAGUUAAGAAAUGGACGGAUAUAAGGGAUCUGAUGUGGGAAACGGCAAUUACAGAAAGCAGCAAGGACACUCUGUCUCUCGGUCCAACUUGGCAGAUUGUAACUAAUACCUUAAAAAACAGAAAAGCAAGAUAUGCUGAGGCUGUGAGCCCCAUAAUUCUACCUGCAUCACAGCAGCAGAUGCCUUUACCUCCCACUGCUGGGCAAAAAUUACUGUCUAUGCUGCCCUUGGAGAGAGGGAGGGAGAGUCAGAGAGAAGAAAAUAAUGAGAAAGAAAUUUCACAGCAAACGCUGAAACAACAAACAGAAUCCAUUCAGCAACAGCAGGAUGUGAUGGAUCCUGAACUAUUUGCUUCACUUUUGGAGACACUUUUAACACUACAAUCUUACUUAAGUUCCAACUUUACUACCCUGAAAGAAAAGAAGCCAAAUUUCGAUUGGUUUCUACCUGAACCAGGGGGACAUGGGGGAGCACUGAGGUGCGUGCAGAGAACAAAGGCACCCCCAGGGAAGAGGCAGUGCAGAAAAAGCUCCAAGGCCAUGCUGAACAAUUACAGAAGCAGUUGAGCAGAAACAGGUGGCUCAGACAGCUUCUAAGAGAGACAAAAUAGCCAAAAAAUCAUGAACUAUAUGGUAUCUAGUUUGAAAUUUAUGACUGUAAUUGAAAGUUGAUAAGCUGCAAUGGUCACCAUUGUUACCAUCUGGACCUGAGAGACUUUUCAUGUAACAUCGCCUGCUUUAGUAAAAUCGUGCCCUUUUUCCUCUAUCUGCAAACGAGAGAGAAAUUGAGAGAAAGAACUGUAUGUGUUAAAGUUAACUUUGUGAGGUUUUUUUUUUUCCUUUCUCUCCGUUUUUCCUCUCUGCAAGAGUAUGUGGGGGAUGUGAAGAAAGAUAACAGCAGCAGAGAGCAGCAGAGCGGGCAGUCCAACUCCCCCUGCUCCUUCUCUAAGAAAAAGCACGG